CCGCUGAGCUGUCAAAAACUUUGAUAAUUCGCAAUGGCCAAGUCAAAGAAUCACACAAAUCAUAACCAGAACAAGAAGGCGCAUCGCAAUGGCAUCAAGCGUCCAAUGCGCAAACGCCACGAGUCCUGCCUGGGCAUGGAUGUCAAAUUCUUGAUCAACCAGCGUUAUGCUCGUAAGGGCAACUUGUCCCGCGAGGAGGCAGUGAAGCGUUACAAGGAGCGCGUCGCCAGCCAGCAGGGCAAGCCAAAGCCUGUUAAAUUGUAAAUUCGUCGCCCCGAAAUUCGUUCUUGUUGCUGUUGUCGACAAGUGUCGGAGAUCGUGUCUUAGAAUAAAGGAACAACUUUUUAACGAAA